CUCUGCGAUGGCUCUGCUAGCGGUGCUCACUGUCGAUCCCUUUCUCCUGAGCUAUGACUUCCACGAUUGGCGAGAUUCAAGAGCCAAAUCAGCACCUACGAACGAACAUCAAGAAAAGCUUCGCCGAUGUUCUGGGCUCAUCCCAAAUCCAUCAGGAACAGAAGCAAAUCGGACGUUACAAAGGCUUCCCGGCUGUGUCCUUCUCCGUUGAAGAGGUAAUCUCCUUCUCUGUCCCAUAUCAAUUCGCGUUAAUUGGGAGAUUCACCAAAUCCAGACCUCCUUUGGAGGUAAUCAAAAAAUGCUUCGAAAAAAUUGGAUUCAAACCAGGGUUUUCUGUUGGUCUCUUAGCACCCUCCCUUAUUCUUCUCAAUUUCCGGUGCCCAUCGGAGUACCAACAAUGCUUUAAGAGACGCAUUUGGAAAAUCAAUGGAGCUGAGAUGGUUGUGUCAAAAUGGAGUCCUAACUUCCAUCCUGACCACGAAAAUCCCAUCUUUCCAGUUUGGGUGUCCCUAACUCACUUGCCAAUCCAUCUUCAAGAGGCCAAGGCCCUUCACUGUAUAGCAAGGUCAAUUGGCAAUCUGUUGAUGAUGGAUGCUUCCACAUCUGCAAAAACAAGGCCCUCAGUAGCCAGGUUCUGUGUUGAACUUGAUAUAUCCAAAGAGCUUCCUAAGAAAAUUUGGAUUGAUAAUGGUGGGAUGGACUUCUUCCAAGAUAUUUCUUACGAAAACAUCCCAGAUUACUGCUGUUUCUGUAGGAAGUCAGGCCACCUCACCGGAAAAUGCAAUGAGAAGGAGAGUAAACAACAAGAUUCUCUUUCAUCAGAAACAUACAAGAACAAAGAGAUAAAGGGGCAACCUCUCUUGAGCAAGGAACCUAUUCUCAAGAUACCUCCAUGUGAUUUGGGACCCAAGACCAACCUGUCUUCUGAACCAGUCCAUUCACCAAGUGGUGCUGCUCAAAAAACAAACACCACUGCAAAUUCUGCAAACAUUGAGCUGGAAAACAUAUGUCCAGGGAAUCAUGUCCCUACACAGCCUGAGGUGACAGUUGCUAAUGGUAGCACUAUGAUCACAACUACUGUAGAUUCAAAGGAAGUGCUAGUGAUAGAGGAUGUCCCCAACAAUGGUCUUGCUGUUGACUACCCCAGGGAAGCCUCUCAUUUUGUCACUUCCAAUCCUUACAGCAAUGACUGUACCA